AGCGCAUAAGACCCUUUUAUAGCAGCUUUAGAUUGAGAGACGCUUGCUAUUGGAAAGUAAACGGAGCAAAACGCAUUUGUCAUCCGCAAUCAAGAAGGACUACGAGCGUUUCAGGUGUUCUUCAGAGUGAUUCUCCAUCAAACAGGUGAACCAUGCGGUCCUUGCUUCUCCUGAGUGUAUGUAUCUGCAUCUCCUCAGAGAUUUACACUGAGCCUGAAAGCAUGUUCACAGUCAGCAUACCCAAUGAGCUUCCUCUACAGCCUCUGAUGGGUGACACAAUAGUUCUACCAUGCUACUUCCAGGACAACACAGUCAAUGACCCCGGUGCCCCCACCAUUGCCCCUUUGUCUCACCGGAUAAAAUGGAGUCUGGUCACCACAGAAAAGACCACAAACAUUUUAGUGGCAUCCGAGGGCAUAGUAAACAUAGAAGAAAGGUAUCUGGACAGGGUCUCCAUGGUGGGAUACCCAAUGACACCCACAGACGCCACCAUUAAGAUCACAGAGCUCCAUUCCAAUGACUCAGGAGUGUACCGCUGUGAGGUCAUGCAUGGGAUAGAGGAUAAUUAUGAUAUUGUUGAUGUUCAAGUUCAAGGUAUUGUUUUUCACUAUCGUGCAAUCACCACACGAUAUACCCUCAACUUUGAGAAGGCCAAGGCAGCCUGUAUUCAAAACAGUGCAGUCAUCGCCACUCCAGAGCAACUCCAAGCAGCUUAUGAUGAGGGCUUGCACCAGUGUGAUGCAGGAUGGCUUUCAGAUCAGUCAGUCAGGUACCCUAUUCAUGACCCUCGUGAGGCUUGCUAUGGCGACAAGUAUGAAUUUCCAGGAGUGAGGACAUAUGGAGUGAAAGACGUGAAUGAGACUUAUGAUGUGUACUGCUUUGCUGAGAAAAUGACAGGAAAAGUAGUACACACAACUUCCCCUAAAAAAUUCACUUUUAAGGAGGCAGAAGCUGAAUGUACAAAGCAGGGUGCACAGUUGGCUACCACAGGACAGCUGUACAUGGCUUGGAAGGGAGGCAUGGAUGUUUGUAAUGCAGGCUGGUUGGCUGACAGGAGUGUCCGCUACCCCAUCAACAUCGCCCGACCACAGUGUGGAGGAGGCCUUCUAGGAGUGCGUACCAUCUAUCUUUUUCCCAAUCAGACCGGCUACCCUCUCCCAGACUCCCGCUACGAUGCAUUUUGCUACUCUGAAAAUAAUGAGGAGAGUUCAGGUUUCCCUGACAUAUUUCCAGACAUGCAGAUUACUACAGAGGUGGGGAGUGGUGUCCUGAGCGUUGGCACAAUCACAGACAGCUCCCAGGUCUUUUUAAAGCAUGCCUCCACUGAGAGUGAACUAAAGGGGGAAGUUGUAACACAUAAGCCCUCAAUGACCACCAGUGUUGACUCCUCAUACACUGUGCUAAAUAUUACCCAGCUGCCUCUUUUGCCACCUCUCAGUUCCACUGGGGUGAUCACUGACAUUGUGGAAGGGGUCAGUAACAGGACUGAUCUUGAGUCAGAGGUUUCCCGUAUGAAUGAAACUGAAGCUAUCAUGUCUGCCACAGGGGUGGUGUUCCAUUACCGCUCAAGCUCCAGUCGUUAUGCCUUUAACUUUGUGGAGGCUCAGCUUGCAUGCCAGAGCAUCGGUGCAGUCAUUGCCAGCCCUCAGCAGCUCCUGGCUGCCUAUGAGGCUGGUUACCAUCAGUGUGAUGCUGGCUGGCUCUUGGAUCAGUCUGUCAGGUAUCCCAUUGUGUCUCCACGUGAGAAAUGCUCUGGUGAUUUGGAACAUGUUCCUGGUGUGAGGUCUUAUGGACUGCGUCCUGCUGAUGAGCGCUAUGAUGUAUACUGCUAUGUGGACAAACCAAGGGGUGAAAUUUUCCAUGCAAGUUCAUUCGAGGGAUUCACUUACGAUGAAGCAGUGGCUUACUGCCAGGGCCAGAACGCCUCCCUGGCCUCCACUGGAGACCUGUAUGCAGCCUGGAAGCAGGGCUUUGAUAAGUGUCGUGCUGGCUGGCUUCUUGACCGCAGUGUACGUUACUCCAUUAAUAACCCCCGGCAUCAGUGUGGUAGAGGGAAGGCUGGAGUUCACACAGUUUACUUGUUCCCCAACCAGACGGGCUCUCCUGACCUGCACACCAAAUUUGAUGCGUAUUGCUUCAAGGUUCAUCUGGAUAUGUCUCUAAAUGAAAGCGAACCAAACUUAACUGUGACAGAAGAAGUGAUAGUGAACAUCACAUCCUUCCCUAGUCUUUUCAGACCUGUAUUUCCCCCUAUUACUCCUCCCAUCCCUGUGGAACCGUCUGGAUCUGGCUCUGGCUCAUCCGGGGCCAGUGGCACCGAUGAUCUAUUGAGCAGUGGAAGUGGGGAUCAACCGAGUGGGUCAUCAAGUUCCAGUGUAGACCUGUCAGGAUCUUGGUCCAGUGGUGAUGUUUCAGGGUCAGGUAUCAGCGGUGAUGGCUCAGCUAUCCUUGUAAUCUUCUCAGGAAGUGGCAAAGUUUUGUCAGGAGUUGGAUCUACUUCAGGGAGAUGCGAGGAGGCUGGGGAAGGAAGCACAGAGAUCCUCACCUUUCCCUCAGGCCAGGGCUCAGGAUCAGGGAGUGGGUCGGGGUGUAGCUCUGAGGAGAGUGCAUCUACUUCAGACAUUUCCAGCAGCUCAGGUGAGAGCGUCAAGAUUGGAGAACUUUCCGGCAUCUCCUCAGGAUCAGGUUCCAUUGAGGAGUCCACAGGUUUCAGUGGUUUCUCAUCAGGAGUUUUUCCCUCUGGAGGCUUUAGUGGCAUUUCACUGGUUGAUGGCAGUGGUGUUAUCAUGGUGGAUAGCCAGUGGGUUCCAUCUUUAACAGAACAGGAUUUGGGUGGAAGCCAUGUGGAUUUCAGCGGAUCAGGGCAUAUCUCAGGGUCUGGGGUGAGUGGAGAUUUCUCUGGAAUGAGCGGUGACCACAGCGGCUCUGGAAGUGGUUUGGAGUUUUCUGGAAUGACAUUUUUGGGGUCAGGAUUAACUGAUCUCACAAAACAAUCUCGUGAGGAGGAAGUGUAUGGGGUUUUGUUAUUCGGGUCUGGUGAAGGGAGUGGAUUUACAUCUGGAGGCUAUACCAUCGAAUCAGGAGAAAGAUCAGGGGCAUCAGCUAGUGGUGAUAUCACCCUCUUCACCAAUGGUGCCGUGAUAGAAAUGUCUAACAAGCCCUUCCAAGGCAUGGAGCUGGGACGGGAGGAGGUGGAGUAUAGUGGCAAUGUCAGACUGUCCUCAGCGAGUGGAGAUGACCAAACUGUCUAUUCUAGUGGACAAGAAUAUGAGUGGAGCCCAGCAACUGGUAACACACCACAGUUGAACACCAGUGAUGAUCCCUUAGCUCUUCUAUCAGCUCAAGGAUCAUCAGGGCUGUACAGUGAUGCUGCAGUGCCUGUGCAUUAUUCAGAACCAGAGGGGAUCAUCAGUAAACAUGAUGCCAUUACUUCUGCACCUUUACUUAUCAAACCUGCCAUCACUUCACAAACCCCUUCUGUCAAUGAAGGCCCUUUUGUGAAAGCUUCUGUCAACCCAUGUGAUCCAAACCCCUGUGGUGCCGGAUCGUGUUCAGUGCAGGAUGGUGUGGGCCUUUGUCAUUGCCCACCUGGACUGCAUGGAGAAGAGUGCCAGUUUGAUGUACACAGCUGUAAGGAGGGCUGGACUAAGUUUCAGGGCAACUGUUAUUUGCACAUGUCGGAGAGAGAGACCUGGGUGGAUGCUGAGCAGCACUGUCGAGACUUAAACGCUCACCUGGUUAGCAUUACCACUCCAGAGGAGCAAUCCUUCUUCAACUCGUAUGCACAAGACUAUCAGUGGAUUGGAUUGAAUGAUAAAACAGUGGAAAAUGACUUCCGCUGGUCAGAUGGGACCCCACUGCAAUAUGAGAACUGGAGGCCUAACCAGCCUGACAAUUAUUUCAACUCUGGUGAAGACUGUGUUGUAAUGAUCUGGCAUGAAAAUGGCCAAUGGAAUGACGUGCCUUGCAACUACCUCCUACCUUUCACAUGCAAAACAGGACCAGUAUCAUGUGACCAACCUCCUAAAGUGGAGAAUGCCAGGAUGUUUGGAAACAAGAAAGAACGUUACCAGGUGAAUUCCAUUAUCAGAUACCAGUGCAACGAAAACUUCACACAGCGCCACCUUCCUGUGAUCCGCUGUAUGGCAGAUGGACAGUGGGAGAAGCCACAAGUGGAAUGCAUAGCCAAGAUCAACACAAGGCCGCAAAAGAAAUCCACAGCUCAUCACUCACAUAAAGCUAAUAGCACAACAUUGGAGAAGCGUCUUUAAGGAGAUUUGAUAGAGAUGAGUUUUAUAUUUAUUUUCCAAGCACCUGAAUUAUCCAGCAUAUAUACCUAAUUAAAAAGUGUAAGUGCCUAUUUUGUAUAUAUUGCUGCCCCCUAACACAUUAGAUCACCAUAUUUUAAAUCUCAGUUCUUGGCCUUUACCCAUGAUGCAGUGCUACAUCUCAUCACUGCUGCAAAAGAUGAGAGACCAAAAUAUCAAAGACCACCAACAUUAUUAAAGAUGUCUGUAAAUAUUUGCUGAAGGCUUUUCUUUUGGACUAGCUAGUGUUAUAUGGUGAAAAGGCACCGAGGUGCCCAGUCCUUUCUCUAUGAAGGAUUUUUUGUCUGUGCCAGUAAGCAAAAUUUUAAUGUAUGAUAGAGGAGGUCAUGAAAUGUGAAGCAUUAUCUUUAUCUAUAGUUUUUGGAGAGGAGUUAGAACAUAGAAAACUCCAUAGCCAUAAAAGACGUUUACAAAAAUAAAUUAUUUAACCAGGCAGAUGAAAAAAAAAAAAAACUUGCAUGAGGAUGUCAUUCAUUUAUGUCUGAGUAGGACAUCAUAAUGUGAAAUGAGAUCUAUUUAUUGAUUUCUCACAACACAGCACAAAGUACAUCCAUCUUUGACUGGGUGUGUCCAUCUUUUUUCAUGUUUAGUCACAAAAGCCAUAUACUGUAUAUUUUAAACAACAUUAAAUCUAGGUGUCCAAAUCCAGUCAGAUUAUGAA